UCCCACGGCCCCUGAAUGCAGCACUAGCCAUUGUGGUCGGUUCAGAGGUGGUGCUAGCAUCGCCGCAGCAUAUGAAUGAGUUUCAUGUUGGGCCUUCAGUAAACAUUGCACUACGGGGGAGUUUAUGUGAAAUAUUUUGGAGACAUUGUAAUUAUUCAGCUGUUAUUAGCCUCAGGUCGCCCCCUUGUCCUCGUUCACCCUCGGACUUCAAAGCUAAAGUAGCUUAGCAUCAUCUCCUCGACCUUAACGUCAUGCUAACCGACAGUGAUUAGCUAGCUGCUAGCAGCUGCAGUUAGUGUAUGGAUAGUUGACCUAAAUGGGUUGAAAAUCAAGAAAUUCCUAUUUUUAAUAAAGUAUACAACGUGCGUAAUAAUUUAUUUAGAGUAAAUCUUUUAAAUAUGGACCUUAAUUUUUACUCUGACCUGUCGGAUGGAUGUGCUCAAAAUGUUGACUCGGAGUUUUUGGACACUCAAGCAUACGGUGGAUACUCUGAGGAAAACAAGUUUCCAGAAGGCAGCGACGGUUAUCUCACCAUUAGCGGAGCAGGCCACCCUUUUCUGUCCGCUGAGCAGACAUUCCAUACUCCCAGUCUUGGGGACGAGGUGUUUGAGAUCCCUCCCAUCUCCCUUGACCCAGACCCAGCUCUGGGCAUCAGUGAUGCUGUGUCUCACUUUGAGUUGACAGAUGGGUCAGAUGGGACUGGGGGACCUUCAGGUUCCCGGAGCCUUGUUAGUAACCUGGUUGUCGAGGCCAAUGACCCUUCCUUUGCGUCCACCUUUGUUAACUCUGGGUCCCAAGGCCUGGAGCAGCUGAACCUUGGGGCAAUGGGACAGGCUGGAGGGGGGGCCCUGCUGAGCUCUUCUGCAUUGGAACUGGGAAAUUCCAGUGGUUCACAUUUCAGCAGUUCAUCCCCUAUGACCAUUGAUGUCCAGCUUGGUGACAUUGGUCAUGGUCUUCUGGGAAGCAAUCAGCUCAGUACAAUUAACCAGUCAGAGUUGGCACUGGGGAUCGGGGGUGAAAACAUGGGGCACCAUUCAGAGACACCUGAGCAGCCGCUGUCAGCAACACCGUCUCCAGCUGGUUCCCUGCAGGAUGAGGACAUGGAUGACUUCAAGAGGAGUGUGCUGGUAGACUCCCCCAUGUCUCUCUCCUCUUCCUCUGUUGUCUCCCACAUGUCCUCCCACCCAGGUCCCCUGUCCUCUGUCUUCCCAGCUGCAGCCAGGAGGGGUGGAGGAAAGCCACUGCCCUCAGUGAGUGGGGCCAUGGGCGCAAAGAAAGGAAGGAAGAAGAAAGAUCCAAAUGAGCCACAGAAGCCUGUUUCCGCCUACGCCUUGUUCUUCAGAGACACCCAGGCAGCUAUUAAGGGCCAGAACCCCAACGCAUCUUUUGGAGAGGUGUCAAAGAUUGUGGCCUCCAUGUGGGACAGCCUGGCUGAGGAACAGAAACAGGUGUACAAGAGAAAGACAGAAGCAGCCAAAAAGGAGUAUUUGAAAGCGCUGGCAGCUUACAGAGCCAACCAGCUCUCACAGCCUGCCACUGAGGAGAUGGAGAUUGCCCCAUCACCACCUUCACCUGCCAUUAACGCGACUCAUACAGCCCUCACCUCUGCUGGUCACCAGGCAAUCCGCCCAGCUAACAACAACCUGGAAGAGAACACCAUCACCAACAUCUGUGCCUCCAACAUUAUUCUAGACGUGCCAGAGAUGACCACACGUUCUCGCACAGGAGCAAACAAAGCCACCUCUCCAGCAGCAGCUCCACCAGCCCAGACCAUCACCAAGAUCAUAAUCCCAAAGCACAUGCUGCAGGCAGGGGGCCAGGUGGUGACAGUGUUGCCUGGAGGGGUCCGAACCUUGCAGCCUACACUAGUAGUGUCGGGCGCCUCCCGUCAGCCACCUCCGCUGCAGCAGAUGCAGAAUGCCCCUCCACCGCCACGGCUUCAGCAAAUGGCGCCAGCACCUCCUCCAUUACAAGCGAAGCCGCGGGAGGGAAGUUCCACACCAGGUCUCCCUGUGUCCAUCACGGCUACACCUCCGCCUCCACUCCAGAUAAAAAUAGUUCCUGCCUCCUUGCAAGGCAAAGAGGCCCUGCCAAUUAUUGUCCCUAAUACAGCAGCUGCACCAUCGACUAUGACCACUUCUGCCCAGUCUGCACCUGUCAUGUCAGUGCAGGUGGUGAAUUCUGCUGAUGUGUCGGGUAGUCCAGAUGAGGAUGAAGUUACAGAAGUGCUGCCCUCAGAAGAUGAUGAGAUGGAGGUGAAUGGGUCGGUUGAUGCCAUGAAGAGUGUGUGUGUGAGGGCGGGCUGUAACAACCCAGCAGUAGAGAGUGAAGACUGGGACAAAGAGUACUGCAGCAACGAAUGUGUGGCCACUCACUGCAGAGAUGUGUUCAAGGCGUGGUGCUCCAUCAGGAAUCAGAACAUGGGAACAGUGAAGUAAAGAGCAGCUACAACCAAUCACAUCAACAGAACAUUUGCUUUUCACCAAGAGCCAGUGUUAAGAAUUGAAGAAGUGAUGCAGUACAGAAAUGUCAACAAUGCAUUUAGCUGCUGGUACCUUCGUGUCAUAAUUCUGUCACUAUUUUGUAUACGUACUGUAGCUUUGACAGUUGCUGUUAAGAUCAAGGACGAACAAGUAGUAUUGCUAAAAUGGCGCUGAAGUAAGAGCCAUUCGAAGCUGGUAUUUUUGUAAUAUUAAUGGCAGAAAUGUCUGCUGUGUGGAUAAUUAUGUAGUGUUAUCUUUUGAGUAUGUAUACUGCUUUUAGUCAGGCAUCAGGGGACUUCAUGGCAGCUAGAGAAAAGAUCAGCACAAUGAAGUGUAAAAGAUGUUCACGAGAAGGGGAUUCACUUAGAUUUUUUUAUUAAAGCCCACACAGGUGAGUUUCUACUUGUUAACUGUAAAUAGUAACUUCUUUUGGAAAAGGCUAAAAUAGCAAGACUAGAAAUCAUCCUGUGAUGGGAUCACACCAGCCGCGAUGUCUGUCAACAUGUUGAUAUUCUGACCCAUGGGUACUCAGUAGACAUUCCUGCAUUAUGACGUGUACUCAGUACUCAUGGUUGGACUGCACCCAUCUUCAAACUCAGCAUUCAUUUUGAUCUCAACUGCACUCUUGUAAAGUUUUGUGACUGCAUCUUGCAAUGUUUUGACGCUAUCGGACUGACAAAGGUCUGACCACAGACAUAAACACCUGCCAAAGUCUGUUUCUCAAAGCUCUUUGCUCUGACAAAGACAUUUUUACAACAGUUUAAGACAUGAUUUAACAGUGAUGUCUAACUAAUUCCAAAUUCAUACUCUGAAGUUUUUUUUGAUGUUUAAUCGUUAAGUCAGAGAAACAAGAACGAUUCCAAAAUUUACUUAGCUGAAAAAUGCCUUAGUUUGACAAGAAAACAGUUUGAACACUGUGUACAUUGUUUUUGUACUGAGAAUAUUGGCCUUUUGGCUUAAUACUGCCUUCAUUUUUGUAAAACAUUAUAUUUAGAUCAUUGUCAGUUUAAAAAACUGCUUGACUUUCAUGUUUUCUUAAUAAAUGAGAAAAAGUGCUCAA